AGAAAGCAGAAGAUUCUGAAAAAGGAAAACGAUCAGUUGGUCAAUGAAAAAGAAGUUCAAAUUAAACGCCGGAAGACAAACAACGCUUGAUUACUUUUGGAAACCACUCGAUUCUUAUCACGAAUCCGGUAAUGAAUCAAGUGAAAUUCCUGAUGAAAAGACAUUAAAUACCAGUUCACCAUUAAAUGAACCAAGUUGUGAAGCAGAAUUGAUGGAUUCGUUUGGAGCAUGUCCACCUUCACCCCACAAACCACUGAAAAUUCGGAAGUGUUCCUCUGUUAGUGCUCCGGGAAAAAUGGAUGAACAUUUUGCGACCGCUGAUAUGAUUUACAACAAAAAUGAAAAUAAAGCGGAUAACAGAACCGAUAAACCAACUUUUGCUGAAUCCGGCAACUUGCUGGAUGGUGUACCUCUCGUUGCUAAAUCACCACCAAGCGACACAGAAGCCUCAUUACCUGUAACUGGAAGUACACCAGAUGGUUCAUCAAGAUAUGAUUUGGGUGCUUGCAGUUCAUCCAGCUUGGAAAAUCGGAGUCCAUCAAAGAAAGGACCAUGCAAACCUCACCAUUAUUUGCAAGGCGAACGACUUAAGUGUGUGAGAAAUUCGAGGAGGAAGCGGGUACACAAGGAAUCUCACAAAGCUAAUUUAUCUCACGAAUUAGUUCUUCCGCGGAUACACACGAUAACAAUUGGUGAUUUUGAACUGGAGCCACCGUAUACCUCUCCGUUACCGUUAGAGCUUGUUAGGAAAGGGCACCUUUACGUUUGUGAAAAAUGCCUAGAUUUCAAAGAAAGCAAAGAGACACUGGAAAGACAUGCAAGUAAAUGUUGGAUGGAUUUUCCGCCGGGUGAUGAAGUAUUUCGUCAAGACGAUAUUUCGCUAUUCGAAGUUGAUGGAAAUAUUGCCAAAGGCUAUAGUCAAAAUUUAUGCCUCUUAGCCAAGCUUUUCAUCGAUCAUAAGGCGUUAUUUUAUGAUGUCGAACCAUUUCUUUUUUAUGUUUUAACCGUGUGGAAUUCAACUGGCUGUCAUCUAGCAGGUUAUUUUAGCAAGCAGAAGUGCAGCUUAGAGAAUAAUCUUUCUUGCUUGCUUACUCUACCAUCAUAUCAGAACAAAGGUUAUGGACGUUUUUUGAUCGAUUUCAGUUUUCUUUUGUCUCGACGAGAAGGAACAACGGGAACACCGGAACGGCCACUUUCUGAUAUGGGUAAUUUAGCUUAUAGGAGCUACUGGCGUAGUGUUGUGCUUGAAUAUUUCAAAAGACCAAGCUGUGCUUCUGUUGCAGUUCUAACGUUUGGGGAUGUUGCAAAAACCACGGGUGUUUCAGUAGAAGAUAUUGUACAGACGAUGAAAGAUCUAGGAAUGCUUCAUUUCGAUCAGAAGGGAGAAAUAGAGUCUUUCGUCAUCAAUAAGGAUCUCGUAGAAUCACAUUGGGCAAAAGCGGAAAAUGACACGAAGCGUAUUUGGAUCGACGAAGACAAUUUAAAAUGGCAGCCGAAGCAAUUUCCCUUGGAGUGUACCAGUGAUGAAAGUAAUGGGACUUGAAAGUUCUUCGAAUCGGACUAUUUUUUUAUGCCAGUUGUUGCCUUUCCAUAUUUUUGAUUUUGAAGCAUUAUUUACAAAUUUAGUUUUUUUUCGAUAGAUAAAAAUGGUCUUAUGAAAAAAGUGUGGUGGAUCUCGGACUUAUUAUAGUUAGAUGUUGUCUCAGUUUCAUUUUAAGCUAAAUUGUAAUUUAAAGCAUUUACUUCUAACUCAUUUGGACGUGUUUCUCUUC